GCCGCAGCGCGUCGGACACACGUUUCUGGUGUGCAAAGACAUAGAAGACGCCACGCUGCCAGGGUGCAGGAGCUCUAAUACUUUCAGUACACUUUUACUUGGGUAACAUUUUCAACGCAGGACUUUUACUUGUAACCGAGUACUUUGAGUAUUAGAUAUAAUAACUGUUCAACCCGCCAGCCGGCUCUACUAACAGUGCACCAUAAACGGUCAGUAGGAUGUAGGACUUCCUCAGAGUUAUGUGUACAUUCGGUUUCUUCAGUACAUUUCAUAUGAUCGUUCUCAUCGGACGUCGAUGUCUUUUGACUUUCAGAUGACUUAAGCCGUGGUUUCUGGAAUGCAGCAUACAUGUAGUACCUCCUUUACCUGGAAUUAACCUGCUUCCUUCUUCCUUCCCAGAACUCCUGUAAAAACGGUGUUGUGCUGUGUGUCUCUGGGUGUUGGCCCCGAUGAAUCAUUAACUGCUUUCUGCGGACUUCUCUGGAAUUUUCAUGACAACAGACAUCGCCAUCAUGUAAAAAAACACAUCUGUGUGAUUGUAGAUUGUAAAUGACUUCUCAGGGUUGUUGAACCUCCACAUUCCCAGAAACAACAUAUCAGCGUAUCUGCAGCUCUGUCUGUAUGAAGAGAAAUAACUGCGGUUAUAGUUCUCUCUGCCUUGACACGUUCAUGUUGUGGGAGGCCGUAAAUCAACUUACCAUACGACAUAGUUGUUAACAUGGGUUGUUGCAGUAAUUCAGGUAAUAAAACAAAAUUCUCAUUUUUGUUGCCAAAGUCUGAAGUUCAGACAGGAAUGAAGUGAUCAUGUUGGCUACCGCUUCACAGUAAACAAGGGACACAUCUCAGGCAGAGAGUAAGUCAUUUUGAUCCUCCGAUCCUCCUUGAUCCAUAAAUUAGGAAUAACUGAUUACAUUUUGUUCAUUUUUGUGUUGUCAAGUACACAGCACUUUCAUCUAAUAUACGCCUUUGGUAAUGGGUCACAUUGAUCAUAACCGCUUAAUCCAGAAUCCCUUUUUGUAAAAGGUGUUUGUAUUUCAACAUGAAUUUGUUAGUUUGAGAAUGAAAGUGUGAUUUUAGAAAGGAGUCGUAUUGGUUUGAUGAUAUUCUCCAUCUUAAAGUCCAUACCAGUUGGCAAAGAGCUUCCUAAUAUCUCUUCCUAAUCUCCAGAGGUUUUUACGAGCGUAUUAUUCCGAUAUUUUUUUAAAUGCAUGUAAAACUGCGUUGUGUUUAAGACAUUUUUGGUUCCAAAAUUCCUGCUGACGUUGCUCAUCCCCCUGACUCCUACUUCACCUGCAGUAGCUCCACCAGAAAGUCAGAAUUUGCACCCAUUUUGGUAAAGACGUGCAUGUCCCCCCUUUAGUGCCAUUAUCAGGUCAACAUUUAAAUGCUGCUGUUAACAUCUUUACCUACUGUGUACCUGGCAGGAAAUGAAUACACCAACUCCUGCAGAGACCCGGGCCGAACCCGCUCUCACCAGGAAGCAGUGUAAAGCCCUCCCUCCGUGAAAUCCAGGAUUUUGAAGAGUCGUCGUACAGCUGUCCACUUCGGAAAGCUCUCCCUGCAACAAAGCCUGAUCUGAAGUCAGUGCAGACUCUGUCAGAGUGCCUACAAACUUCUUCAUAAACUGUCGGAGGAGGUCAACAACAUCAUUCAGGGGAAGUGUGGCAGUCAGAAGGCUGUAGCAGAAGGGAGCAGCACGAAGCCAGGCAGCCUGGAGAUCAGCAGGAGUCUGAUCCUGCGCUGGGCCAAGGAGCUGGACCUAAACAUGGCCAACGGUGUGUCUGACGAGGAACUGAAGAAGCUGCUGUAUCCCCGAGGACUUAAGGAGUCCAUCCUUCCACUGCUGGAGUUUGUGGCUUGGUCCCUGUUAUCAGAGGAUACUGAGGAGGCGGUAUCCAUGCUGUGGCUGCCAACCAAACAAAAGGCCUGGAGGACAGGAGCUGGAAGCCCCAGAUACAUACCUAACUCAGUGUGGCAGUGGAUUCGGAGUGCCUCAGUGUCUGUCUGUUUGGACGCCAGCACCUGCCCUCCCUGGCUGGCUGUGUCCCGCGACCGCCUGCAGGUCCGGGGGGCAGCGGGGCGCUCCGCUGCCCCCUCCGACAACAGCGGACAUUUAGCGGAGUGGCCCUGUGUUCUGGGAGACACCAUCAUCACUGCAGGGAGACACUACUGGGAGGUGGAGGUGUCCCCCAGCGGUACCUGGAGAACAGGUGUGAUGUCAGAGUCUGCUCCCAGGGAACAAAGAUCCCCCAUGUCCCCCGGGAGAGGAUACUGGGCACUGUGGAGGGGCUCCAGUUUUUGGGCGUGCACCGAGGAGCCCACUAAGCUGCGGAGGGCGGCUCUGCCCCGACUAAUCGGGGUGUACGUGGAUGUUGGGGAGGGCCAGGUGUCUUUCUAUGACGUUGAUCGAAAUGUUCACAUUUAUACUUUCUCUGAUACCUUCAAACACAGAAUUUUUGCCACUGGCGGCCUACCUGCCACGUUGGCACGUAGCCAAUGAGAAUUGAGUGAUUCAACAGUUGUUAUUUUGCCACUGUGGUUUUUUCACGUCUGCCAUUUCCUUGGAUCUGAGCUAUGUGG